CAGGAAAAGGAGGAAACGCAUUUACAACGAACAUGAAUUUUAACACUACCUCGAGCUACUAUGUUUGCAACUUAUCCUCGUUUCACUCACAUUAUUCGCAGCUGCACGGCUGGAUCUCACUCUUAGUUUGCAUUUUUGGUUCGAUCGCAAACAUUUUGAACAUUCUCGUUCUGACUCGGCGAGAGAUGAGAUCACCUACGAACAUAAUUUUAACAGGAUUAGCUGUGGCCGAUUUACUCGUAAUGAUAGAUUACAUUCCUUACGCGAUUCAUCUUUAUCUGUACCGACGAUCCAGACGAGACACGUUCACCUACGGAUGGACUAUCUUCGUGCUGUUUCACUCAAACUUCGCUCAGGUUUGUCAUACUAUUUCAAUUUGUUUGACGUUAAUAUUGGCUGUCUGGAGAUACGUGGCGGUGGCAAGGCCACAACAGAACAGAGAGUGGUGUAGUUACAGACGAACUAUUUUUGCAAUUUUCGUUGCGUACGUUUUUUGCCCUGUGCUUUGUAUACCUCUGUACAUUACGACAGAAGUGAAAAAACAAGUAGAGGUGUUGGAUCCCAAUGGAAUGAGCAUAAAUAUUCGAAAUCGAAGCUUGAUCGAUGUACCAUUAGAAAACACAACGAACGUAACACUGUAUUUUGUUCGAUUAAGCGAAACGAUGAAGAAUCAUGACAUCCUGAAGGAAUUAAAUUUUUGGAUCUACAGUGUGGUAAUAAAACUUUUUCCUUGCCUUGUUCUAACGAUUGUCAGCUUGAAACUUCUUCAAGUGCUGUUGGAGGCAAAACGGAGAAGGCGAAAGUUAACGAAUAUUCAGGAGGAAAAUUCUGAAAGGAAGAAAAGCUGUCGAAGAGCUGAAAAAGAACGGCAAACUGAUCGGACCACGAUGAUGUUGCUCGCAGUUUUGCUGCUUUUUUUAUUGACAGAACUACCCCAGGGAAUACUGGGACUUUUUAGUGUGCUCCUUGGUCCAGGAUUUUUCCGGACUUGUUACUUGAUGCUGGGUGACGUUAUCGAUAUGUUAACCCUUGUAAACUCAGCUAUAAAUUUCAUACUUUAUUGCACAAUGAGUAGACAAUUUAGAAAAACGUUCAAUGAACUUUUCUGCAACAGUUGGAAAAUUCCCAGUAUUGGAAAACAGAUUUUUCUAGAAAAUAAUGGACGCACGGGUACAAAUCAUACGGUAACACAAGUGACGCAAGUAUAAUUAGAACAGAAAUGAUGGAAUUUUGUUUCAGCAUUACUUAUCUAUUAAAAUAUAUUAAUUCUGAUUGUGAUUUUUUAUGUAAGUAACAUAUCUUUAAUAAUAAAAAGUUUCAUAUUUAAAGUAUAAAUAUAGUAUGUGAAACUAUAAAUGAAUAUUAAUAAUAACAAAAUUAAUAAAAUGUUGCAUUUAUAAUCAUUGUUAAUACUUGUUACAGCAAAUUUUAAAUUUCAGUUUUACCAUAUGAGAAGACCACAAUGUCUCUAAAACAUUAUUUGUUGUACUAACACAUGGUGCUGAAAUGUGUAUCUUGAAAUUCUUUUGAAAUUAUUACUGCCAAAUGUAACUAACAACGUGUUUAUUGUAUAUAGUGCAGUAAUAAUAAUAAUAAAAUAAAAAGAAUUAUUAAGUAUGUCCGACUGUACUUAUAUUUGUUUCUGUACUUAAAAAUGUUUGUUUCUGAUCUUAAAAUUUUCGCACAUAUAUACAGUGCUUCCGAUUUGAUUGCACAACCGCAGAAAGCAGUGAAAUCACAUUAAAAUAUAAGUUAGAAAGGUAGAAUAACACUUUUGGUACAAAGCUUCAUUUUCGAAUAAAUCAAUGUUGAAAUUUAUCCGAUUUAAAAAAAUGCGCCAAUGAACAAGUGGUGUCAUUUAGCGCAAGUGUCAAAAAUUACUUUGACUUUUACUUCUUGUUACCGCUACUAGGGGACGCUUUUUAAAAUAUAAUAGCGCCGCCUUAUGCUAAUGGCGAGAACUAAAAAUAAAUAUAUUUUUUGCGCAUCCUAUCGGCGAAAUCAAAAAGCUCAUUUUACGCACCAAACAAUAGAUGGUGCCACUUGUUCUCGCGAUUUUUUAAAAUUCGAUGAAUUUUCAACAUUGAUUUAGUGAAAAAUAAAGCCUCGUACGAGGAAAUGUCACUCUAUAUUUUUAACUUGUAUUUUCAUGUAGAUUCACUCUCUCUAUGCCAUCAGGUCGAAAACAUACUAUACAUACUUUACUGUUAAGAAAAAGAAAUGAAGAUAUAUGUUCAUAAUACAUACUUUCAAUAGAUUUUUGUAUAUAAAUUUCAUAUAUACAUUUGUGUAAACUAUAUUUGAUAUUUUUUCCGGUUCGUUCUUAGGAUAAUUCUGUGUUUAAAGCUUGGUCUUCACCUUUUUCCCUGAUUCGAGCGCCCUUAUUUGUCAGUUUCAAGAACUAACAAGAGCAAUGGCGGAACAAGUUCGAUUAAGACGCUAAAAUAUAUUCACCAAACUGAAUGUUUCGUACAAAUUCUGUAAUUAAUAUAAAGAAAAGUGAAACUGAUUCUUGACUAGUCUUUUAAAUCCUUUACAUUGCCGGUAAAAUAACGGUUGUGAGCUAUUCGUGACUUAAACUUACAUUGUGCAGUUCUAAUUGUGCCCGAAGAAGGAGACGCUUCGAGAACCAGUGUAAAAGGAAGGCGCGCCCUUGGGUAAGCCGGUUCGAGGAAAGGUCGAUUCGAGAGAAUGGAGUGUAAUCGUCAUAAAGAAGCUUGUUGUUGAUAGGAUGGCUGGCUCCAUCACAAGGUAACAGAUACGAUAACAGGCUGUAUGAGACCCACGUACUUACGCGACCAGCUGAAAUGGGAGCAUAGCGUGUCUCUCGAUUUCUCCGUUCGAAACGUUCCUGGAAUCCUCUCUGAAAUAGUCCUCGAUCCACCGCUGAUCGAGGCCCGGCUCGUUUCUAUUUAGUCACCUUUAUCAUUCCAGGCUAUAAUCCUUGCUCCUCGGUUGCCUUUCUAAUUUACGCGCGAUCCUAACGCGACAUUAUAAAAUCAUUUGCGUUCUCGCAAAAAAAGGUAACAUUCUUCUACAAAUUGCUCCGACCAACUCGAAAGAAAUGAAAUAACACCGGAGCCACUUUCAUUAGAGGGACUCGAGUUGAUUAGCUGGAAUUCUUCCUUAAUUUGUAAGUGGAAAUUGUCCGUGUAAGGUAAAGCUUCAAAUACCACUCGUUCAAACUUGUUUAUUUUUUAACGAAUAUUCUACCCUAAUUAUCACCUGACAAUAUUCUUACCGGUACGUUGAAUAUAUAUAUUCAUAUAAUUCAUAUCAUGGAAUAGGAACUAUUUCAAAGAAGUCACGCUCGAAUCGUUCAAUCUAGAAAAAAAAAAAGCGAUUUCUACAAAACCUGACGAGUUACCACGAAAUCUCCCUCACCAAGCCACCAUAAAUGCACAAUGGGACGCAUUGUGUGCCUAAUAACGGAAUCAGCCUCCACCUAUUGUACAAGAAGCAUCCAAGCUUUCUGGAUAUAUGCGAUAUACGAACACGCGGUUCAUACUAUUACGAGUAUGUUUUAUUUAGAACCGAAAUAAACCCCGGUAGGUAGGCGAGUUUAUUCACGUAUGUAUUUAUUAUGUAAUUCGUAUUUGUUUAAUGGAAGCUGUUUCCUUAAGAUUCAAAAGCUGGCGGGUUAAUAAUACUUUAAUAUACCUGAAAGCAUUUUCGUUCAUUAAAGGAUACCAAAUGCCUGCGUAGAGACGUCAGAUGUUCUGCUAGGAUACAUAUUUCAGACCCGUGACUCACGGCCAGGUGUUACUCUUUCAGACACCGUGUAUCAUCGAUGGGGAACGUUUUCCUCAAAAUUCAUGAGGUCUAUAGGUUUAUAAUGAUCAUAGGAACACCUUUCGGUUAGACGGUAUCUCUGAACGUAAAGAUUUUCAAUUUAUACUUUCAUAUAUGCAAAUGAUUUAUGAGUCUGGAACGAUGAAUAAUGGAUACACAAAUCACCCACGAUUGUUUGUACAAAUAUGGAUUUCAAUUUCAAGACAAAAUUCCUGGUAAUAAAUAUCAAGAGAUUUCAGAAAAGAGAUUAAACGUUCAGAUAAGAUUUUAGCGUAUCCAGGGAAUAUCUUGGAAAAAAAUAAUAAAGAGGGGAUAAAGUGCAGAUAUCGGAUCUAAUAGAUCAGAGAGUUUGCAAAAUGUUCGAAAGGGAAAGGGGCGGAGGGAAUAGCGUAUUUUGUUAAGAGAAACUCGUAUUGUACGACCAGAUGGAUUCUUACGGAUUUAUUCUUGGAAAUGAACAAGAAUAACGUGUCUUAGGUACGCGACUCUCUCUCUUUCUUUCCCCUCCCUGAUCUCUCUUGAUCUCUGUCCGCCUCCCUUUUUCUUUCUCUCUUUUCCCUCUUUUUUCGUCUCUUCCCCUACCAGGAUUCUUCAUCAAUCGUCAGAUACGACUAUCGCCUUCCUUUCUCUCUCCGGUUCUUUCUGAAUAUUCUUAGACUCGAUAAUAAAAAACUAUAAACAUGUGAAAAAUAAUAAAAAAUCUAAAUUUAUCAAUGGUU